AGUUGACUGGGAGAUGCCAAACCUCUCUAUAAAAACCCAAAUGGUUCUCUCUCUCUCCCAACAGACACGCAGUGAGUAGGAGAAGCCAAAGAGGAAGAAAAUGAAGAAGGAAACAGUAGUUAUAGUAGUAGGCGCUGGACCAUCUGGAAUCUCCACUUCUGCUUGUUUAAACCUUCAAUCCAUACCUCACAUACUCCUUGAAAGAGAAGACAUUUACUGUCCCAUAUGGACUAAGAAGUCCUAUGAUCGUCUCCACCUUCACUUAGCCAAGCAAUUCUGUGAGCUCCCACAUCUCCCAUUCCCUGACUCAUACCCAACUUAUGUACCCAGAAAGCUAUUUGUCCAGUACUUGGAAGACUAUGUAACCCAGCUGAAGGUGAACCCGGUUUAUAACCGGUCCAUCGAAUCGGCGGCGUUCGACAAGGCCACCGGAAAAUGGCUUGUCAAGGCAAAUAACAUAAAGACAGAUGAGAUGGAGGAGUAUAGCUCAAGAUUUCUAGUGGUGGCCACCGGCGAGACGACCGACCCGUUUAUACCGGAGAUUGAAGGGAUAGGGAGCUUCUCAGGGGAGCUCUUGCACUCCACAAAAUACAAGACUGGGGCACCCUUUGCUAACAAGAGUGUCUUGGUUGUUGGGUGUGGUAAUUCUGGGAUGGAGAUUGCUUAUGAUCUAUCAAACUUUGGAGCUAAGGUCUCCAUUGUUAUUAGAAAUCCGAUUCAUGUUGUAACCCGGUGGAUGGCAUCUAUGGGGUUGACGUUGUUCAAGUACUUAUCCCAUGAGUUGGUAGAUGAGUUGGUUCUCUCAUUGAGCAAGUUGUGGUAUGGAGAUUUGAGCAAGUAUGGGAUAAGGAGGCCCCAAGAAGGUCCUUUCGCCAUGAAAGAUAAGUAUGGCAAGUAUCCAGUUGUUGAUGUUGGCACCAUUGGGAAGAUCAAGUCUGGCGAGAUUCAGGUUUUACCUGGAAUAUCAAGUGUAGAAGGUGGUCAAGUAAUUUUUACGGAUGGCAAGUUCUAUCACUUUGACGUAAUUUUACUUGCCACGGGAUUUCAUAGAAUAACCAAAAAAUGGUUAAAGGAUGAUGAUGACCUUCUCAAUGACGAUGGGAUUGCCAAAAAAAGUUAUCCAAACCACUGGAAGGGAAAGAAUGGCUUGUAUUGUGUGGGAUUGGCAAGGAAGGGCUUAUAUGGAGCUGCGGUUGAUGCUCAAAACAUAGCUAAUGAUAUCAAGAAGUUAUUGUGAAGAGCACCAAUUGCAAGGGACUUUAUUCAGUAAUUUCUUCAGAUGUUGCUAUAAGUGAACUUACUUAUAAAAUAAGAGUACAUGAGGGAGGUUUCAUACAGGGCAACAAAUGUAAGAAGGAAUAUUUACGCUUUACCAUUGAGGGGCUAAAGAAUGAUAUCAUCCAUAUGGUGUCCACAGAGGGCCCACAUGGUCAAACUUGGAGAGAAAGUGUCACUAUAUGCCCCACUAUGUAUUAUGUGUGUGUAUGUGUUUAAACUUAUGCAUUAAUUUUGAAUCAAUUAUCACCAAAUGUUAAGUCA